AUGAUCGAUCCCUACCUCCAAGAUCUCUUGGUCAUGGAGCGAGAAAGCGCUUGCAUGGUGCCUACAGUGACUAUGUCGCAUGGACAGGGCCAUGCACAACUUUCAGCUAUGCAGCUUGUCAAGGGGCUCAAGAAAGAGGAGCCAACAUUCAUGGCAACCAUUACAAGUUUGGAGGAAGAUAAUGAUCCUUCUCUGUUCUACAAUACAACUUGGAUUUCUUUUCAACAUGUGAAUGACUUAGAGAUUGAAGAAGGCGGAAAUUUAGAUGGACAAGGGCCUUCCGCUUGGAACAAUCCUCAAUGUGCAACCCUUCCUUCUACAUUGAAAUCCGAUUUUAGUCAGAAUGCGACAGUGCACAACAUACAAUCAAUCAAUAACAAGAAGUACCAUUUCAACCUCUUCAAUUGCAAUAAUGUGACAUUUAAUCAUCUUAAUAUAACGGCACCAGGCGACAGCUUUAACACCGAUGACAUUCAUAUUGGUGUCUCCACCAACAUCUAA